CUGGGAGAAGGACAUAGAGAUGCAAAAGGGCAUCGAACCCCUGCCUUUCCAGGGCAUGGACAAGUCGAGCUCAGCUGUGUGCAACUUCUACGCCAAGGGGCUGUGUGAGAAAGGGAGGCUGUGCCCAUUCCGGCACGACCACGGGGAGAAGACAGUGGUGUGCAAGCACUGGCUCCGCGGGCUGUGCAAGAAGGGCGACCAGUGCCGGUUCCUGCACCAGUACGACCUCUCCAGGAUGCCGGAGUGCUACUUCUUCUCCAAGUUCGGUGAGUGCAGCAACAAGGAAUGCUACUUUCUUCACAUGAAGACAGCUGCCAAGGCCCAGGCCUGUCCUUCGUACGACCAGGGUUUCUGCAAAGAAGGUCCCCUGUGCAAAUACCGCCAUGUCAAGAGGGUCAUGUGCACGAACUACUUCGUUGGCUUCUGCCCGCUGGGACCCGAGUGCCCGUACGCACAUGUGAAAAAAUGGGCCACUCUGCCAUCAACUGCACAGACUGAACAGUCAUCUCCAGAGUCCUCUCCAGUGCACUCUCCGUGGAGCUCGGGUCAACGUUGCUUCCGCCAGCCAAGCUCUUUGGAUAAACAGAUAAAUGUAAGGAUCUGGGAGGCCACUUGAAUCGACUCUUUAUCUCUCCUCUCUACAGAUCAUGCUGUUAAACUGAGAUGUUUGGGAAUUCUAUCGGCUAUUCAUGUUAAUGGUUACCUUGUACUUUUACACCAAAAGUUUUCAUCUGAAAGUGUUGGGCCUCUUUUUUUU